UUUACGUUAGUGCUUAGCCUGACUUGCUGAUGGAACCCAUGUUUCAGUUUUUAAAAGAAAGUCGUUGAAUUAACCAUAAAAAUCUGAAGUGUCUGGUUAGUUUGUAAGGGAAACAGAAUGGAACGGUGGCAAAAUAAAGUGGCUGUAGUAACAGGAGCGAGUGCUGGUAUAGGAGCAGCAACCGCCGCGGAUUUAGUCAAAAAUGGAUUUAUUGUGGUUGCCCUGGCUCGACGCGAGGAGCGACUUCGACAAAAUCAAAGCGCACUUCCAGCAAAUUUGCAAUCCCGGUACCAUCCCAGAAAAUGUGACGUUACAAACGAAGGUGAAGUAAAGGAUACCUUUGCCUGGAUCGAGAGCAACUUCGGAGGGACUGAUGUUCUUAUUAACAAUGCUGGAAUUAUAUCUGGAGGCGUGGAUCUUUCAGGCCUAGACAAUACUCAGUCUGUUCGAAAUACUCUGGAGACGAAUACGAUGAGUGUGGUGUAUUGCGUUCGGGAGGCAUUCAAUUCCAUGAAGAAGCGAAACUUUAAUGGACAUAUCGUGAUCAUAAAUAGCAUCGCUGGACACAAAGUUCCUAUUAUGCCUUUUGGUUCGCUAAAUAUCUAUCCAGCUUCCAAAUUUGCUGUGACGGCAAUGGUUGAGACCUAUCGCCAGGAAUUCGCGAAUGCUGGAACAAAAGUCAAAGUUACGAGUAUCAGUCCUGGAGGUGUACUAACAGAAAUAAUGCCAAACAUGGAAGCCCGUCGAGAGGCAAACCAUCCACUUCUAAACUCCGAAGAUGUGUCCAAUGCCGUAUUAUAUGUCUUGGGUACACCGCCGCAUGUCCAGGUUCAUGAGUUAACUAUCAAACCUGUUGGGGAAAAAAUUUGAAAAAUUAACAUGUCUUCCAGCUGUAAAUAUAUGCAUACGAUGUAAUG